CAAAAGAAGAGUGGCGAGUUUUCCAGCAGCAGGACGGGCGCGAUUUGUGCAAACUAAUUUGUGCAAUAUCACCACUGAAAGUUGUAAAAAUCAUCAAUGAAAGUAGCAUUGUCACGGCUGCAGCCAGUGGAGAAAUUGAUUGGUUAAAUAGUUUCCACAAAAACGCGACUGACUGGCCCUGGACUGCUUCGGUUGGAAAAGUGCUCUUGGUGCAAAUUAAGUGAGACUCCCAUCUUUUUUCUCCCUGCUGUUAGUUUUUCGGGUGGAUGGAAAAUUGCUUGUGUGAGUGUCGGACGGAAAACAGGGAAAAGUGUAAAAUUAUCGUAUUGUAAAGAUUUUGUGCGAAAAAUCUCCUUCAGAAGUAUUUCACUGUCAACACGUUAAAACUAUCGAAAUCGAAGCAAACGGAAAUUGGUUGGCCUAUUAGGAAGCGCAAAUUUUGAAUGGAACAUGCGAGUGGGGUGUAGUAGGCGGUCUAAGACGUCUGCAAUCAAUGCAGCAUCCGGUUUGACAUUAGCAGUGAAAAGAAGCAGCCUGAAGUCAAGCACAAGUUUAUGUUGAUAACAGUAUAGGGUAAAUCAGUCUACUGGUUCAGACAACCACCAACUAGGUGUAGCAAUUAAUUCUCGAUCAUCAAGUGUUGAAAGCUAAGAAUAAGGAAAAAACAUCUGUUUAUUUAGUGAGGUCUUUAACAUAAAUAUAGAAGCUGCAAAUACAACUCGUGUUUGGAAAUACAAGACGGAGGCGUGUGGCGAAAAAGCUGAAAAUAAAACCAUCUAAUAUAAACAAGAGGAACGGUGUUGCGAGCAGCAAGAGCAGAUACAUACACUGUAUGGCGAGAUAAGGACAGUGUCAAAGAAGGUUGUCUUCGUGAAAUCUCUCGAGGGAGCCUUAUGUUUCAACUCAAAACGCAUUGCAAAAGGCAUUCUUGACAGAAUAUUUGCGCACGGUGAACAGAAGAGGGAGACGGGGUAAGGCAAGUACAUACCUUACUUAGGCACCGGACGGCAAGCAAAGACACUGUGUCAGAAUGGGAUGUACAUCGUCUGCGGAAGAACGAGCGGCAAUCGCUCGCUCGAAACAGAUCGAGCGUAACCUCAAGGAGGAUGGAAUUCAGGCAGCCAAGGAUAUCAAACUGCUGCUGCUCGGUGCGGGAGAAUCCGGAAAAAGCACAAUCGUAAAACAGAUGAAAAUCAUUCACGAAAGUGGCUUCACGUCAGAAGACUUCAAACAGUACCGACCCGUAGUGUAUAGCAACACAAUACAAUCACUAGUUGCAAUAUUACGAGCAAUGCCAAAUCUUAGUAUCGCCUUUGGAAAUAAUGAGCGAGAGUGUGACGCAAAAAUGGUGUUCGACGUGGUGCAGCGGAUGCACGAUACAGAACCAUUUUCGGAAGAUCUACUAUUAGCGAUGAAAAGACUGUGGUCGGACUCCGGUGUGCAAGAAUGCUUCUGCCGCAGCAACGAGUACCAGCUAAACGAUUCUGCUAAAUAUUUCCUGGACGACCUGGAUCGAUUGGGCGCGAAAGAUUACCAGCCUACUGAGCAGGACAUUCUGAGGACGCGCGUUAAAACCACCGGUAUCGUAGAAGUGCAUUUCUCAUUCAAAAAUCUGAACUUCAAACUGUUUGACGUCGGUGGGCAGCGGUCGGAAAGAAAGAAAUGGAUUCACUGUUUCGAGGACGUUACCGCCAUCAUUUUUUGCGUGGCCAUGUCGGAGUACGAUCAGGUGUUACACGAAGACGAAACCACGAACCGCAUGCAGGAAUCGUUAAAGCUGUUCGACUCAAUUUGCAACAACAAGUGGUUCACGGAUACCUCCAUCAUUCUAUUUUUGAACAAGAAGGAUCUGUUUGAGGAGAAAAUUCGGAAAAGUCCGUUGACGAUCUGUUUCCCCGAGUACACCGGUGGCCAGGAGUACGGUGAGGCGGCGGCGUACAUUCAGGCGCAGUUCGAGGCUAAAAAUAAGUCCACAUCAAAGGAAAUCUACUGUCACAUGACUUGUGCAACGGAUACCAACAAUAUCCAGUUUGUGUUCGACGCCGUUACCGAUGUUAUCAUAGCCAAUAAUCUUCGAGGAUGUGGUUUGUACUAGGAAGGGAAAGAAAAACGGGGUAAAUACGGGAGAUUUUUGUUUUUGUUUUUCGGUUUUUUUGUACUAUUACUAUUAUCGUAAUUGGGGAACCAUAGGCCGGGAGAAAACAGUAAUUAUUACAAAUUUGACUAUAAAUAUUACAAAGUAAAACAAGGAAGAAAAGUUUAUAUUAGGAAGGCUAUAGGCAACUACAAGAUUAAGGGCCGUAGAAUGUUUGAAAACAAAAAAUGCUCGCACAAAGCGAACAUGAGAUUUGAGUGGAUCUGGUCGCAAAUGAAAAGUGCUAGGACUAAAGUGAAGGAAACAAGUAUGAUUAUUGGUGUUCAUUACGAAAAAUAGGACGUAUUAUACUAUUUGUUUCGAGACUUUGCUACAAAAACAACAAAUGCGUACAUACAUAACCACACGAACAUUUUCAGAUGACAUAAAUAUUUUUUUCUAUAUUGAGCGCUCUCAAGAGACGGGUGGAAACUUCUGUUUCGCAGUUAAUUAGAGCUAAAGAUACAUUUAAACACGAGAAAACUACACACAAAUUCAGCUUCGAGGCGAGAUACACUUAAGCGGUCAUAUCUAGCAUUUUACACAUUGUAUAGUUUAUGUUCAGAUCUAUCGUUCUCAUUGGAUGAAUACUAUAUCAUGUAUGUUUCACAAAUUCACACAAAGAUAAGAGAUUUUUAUAUCAUUUAUUUAUACACUGUUUAUAUAUUAUAUAAAACUUUUUAUUUAUUCUGUGAACUAGUUUCUUAUUUUCGGCAUUUGUUUUGUUUAGUACAAUUACUCUUACGCUAGCACAAAAUGUUGUAACGCUUGUAGUGGAUGUAGAAAUACCUAAAUUAUUUUAAUUUUAAUCAACAUUGUAUCACACGAUAACAGUUCAAGUGUCAUACUAGUUUGGUUUAAUCUUUGCGAAAGCAGUAUGCCAUGAAUUAAAAAUCGGGCUACUUUGUGGCUCAUAGCAUGUAAAUACACAAUUAGUUUAUAGUUUCCAUAUAAAAUGCACUGAAGAGAAAACAAAAGCAAAGAUCGUGCAAAAAUUAUAAUCAACGCACAUUUUAUUUUAAAUUGUGAUUAUAUUUGACUUGUCUAUUUAUCUUCCGCUUCCUACUCUAUUUACAUAGAUCGCAUGGCAUAGCUAUUGAUCAUACUUCUGUGACUGUACCUAUAGCUAAACUACACGCGCACAAACUUUAUCAGAACAAGAUACCAUUCGAAAAAUGUAACAAAUAGCAUUAAUUGAAUAUUGUUUAUUUAUUUUUACAUCGAACAUUCCUGUUUUGGUUUCUUUUGUUGAGCAAAGAUACAAACUAAAGACUGAUUGAAGAGAAGCAGAGACUCGGGAAUCCCUCUUUAGUCAGUCUAGGAAUGUUUCUAGUUCAGAUAUCAUUAAUCGCUUUUAUGUGAAUGGCAAUGGCUGAAUGUUCAUAGCUGAAAUACCGAUUACAGAGGCGAUUUAGAAAGACCAAACCACAUAAAAUAUAACAUAAUUCUAUCUUUGUUAUAUUUACUGCUUCAAUUUUCUGACAAACGUCUGCAUUGUAUUUGUUGCUAUCAGAUCUCUUUCCAAAUCUCUAAUAUAUUUUCAAAUCAGACAAAAGGCUGCACAGACAACAUUAGGUUCAGACGUGGCAGUAAAUCGUGAAAAUCGCAGCACAUUUCUGAAAACUUGCAAUCAAUCUUUCCUUGCUGGUUUUAUGUUUAUAGUAUUCGAUAAUUAAAUGCAGUUUAGAAAAAGGAGACAAAUACCACGUAGACAAAAACAUAAACACUACAAACCAAAACUGAACCCCUAGACAUCAUUUGUGCCAAUUUCGUAGGAAUACAUUUUGAAAUAGAUUUUGUACAUCUACCCAAAAACACAUGCCCUACUCGCUGUCUUAAAAUGGCAACAUUGAUAGGAAGUAUAUAAGAGAUAAAUUAUUACAGAGCCCCUUCUAAUGAGAUAAUACCUAGUUCAUCCCAGUAGGCCUCGUCUUGUUUUCUGUUUUCAAUGUCUAGUACGUGCGCAACAAAGUGAACAAACACCGAUACACAACAAAACGACCAAAACAAUAUUUUAUAAGAGAAUUACUUCGUACAAAUGACAAAUGUGUUAAGAAAUCAAACGCAAGAUGGAAUCUCUAUUUUUUCUAAACUGUCUCAUUGCGUUAGAGAAUCGCGAGGAAAGUUUCCAGCAUUAUUUUUAAAUUAACAAAUAAUUUUGACAAUCGUCCCAGUUGCUAUUUAAAUUCAGUAGUACAUUUAUUUUUAGUAUGCAGCUAGAAUUUCUGUUACACAGGGAAGCCAGAAGAGAGAGAAAGUUAACCAGAUAGAAAAUAUGAAAAUUGUUAUUAACACAAACUGAGCAGUGCUAGUAUGAAUAUUCGGUUGAAUUAAUCGCCAUUACCAAUUUAUUAACUACUCUCUUCCAUAUGGCAUACAUUGCAUUCUCAAAUGAUGCACGCAAACAAAAACCACGAUAAACACCGGACGACUGGCAAGUCAGUUACUGUAUGAAUCCUUUUCAGCUAAUGAGGAUUAAACAGAAAAUCAUUCUUCACUUCAAACGCUUGCUUCUUCUAACAAACCAAUUAAAAAGAUGCUAUUAAUCCAAAAUUAAAAUCUAGUCACCGCAGCUGAAUCAACAACCAAAUCUCUAUUUGCGACAUAAUAUUGGAGGUUGGCGCAAUUUAAAUCAAAUAGGUUUAGUUGUUCGAUCUUAGCAUCGUUUGUUUGAAAUAAAUUACUAAGACUAAACCUAUAUAGACACGACAGCCUAGCGUUGAUGGACGCUUUUGUGUUUAAAUUCAUCGUUUUUAUGAAGCAUAAUUUUAUUGUGAAGGAAUACUGUUCACUAUUAAACACGAUCUACUAUCAGAAUAACAUACGAUAGUAAUCUUGCGCAUUUAGCUAAAUAAUAAAAAAAUCCAUUCACGGCAUAAUUUCCAAAUAUAAAUGCUAUUAUUACUACCAAUUGAAGAGUAAAGUUAGAAUAUAUUUGACGAAAUAUAUCCGCUUACAAAAUAUUAUUAGCAUAUUUUUUGAAAACAAAAAAACCAACCUAAGUAGUAGGCAGAACAAGAAAUAGUUCAGUAGCUUAAGUAAGCAAGUCUUUACAAGAAAUUAAAAAAAAGUAAGAGAAAAACUAUUGAAAGAAAAUUCUAGAAUAGGUUCGAAUAAAAAAAAACAUACAAACAAGCUAAACAAAAACUUCAAACCUCCAAAUGACAACAACAAAAACAUAUAUCAAACUACGACAUCUUCAAAACAAAGGUAUAAACAAUAUGUCACAGGCGGAACGAAAAAAAGUCACCAGCGCAUCGGUUAGAAGUCACAAAAACAAACCCUAGUUACUAUUGGUAGCGAAGCAAAUGCGUUAGAUAAAUCAGGCCCUAAAUAACCACAGUCAACCAAGAAAAUCGUUUAAACCAAGAUGUCGAUGCACUAUUUAAAUCCAAAAAAUGGGGUUAAAAGAGUUCAUUCAAACAGGCGAAAAACUCUCCCUAGUAGCCAUGAUAACUCGAAUAAUACAAAACAAAAUUUAAAAUGCCGUAGUUAUGAACACAAAAAACGAUGAUACGUGAUUAAAAUCAGCAAAAGCAACAGAUCUUGACAUUCAUCAUCAUUAAAUUACCUGUAAUAAGAAAUAAUUAAAUAAAAAUGAAAAGCAAAUCAUAUGCAUAGUUUUUCCAUCUGCAGAUCAUUCGUUAAAAGAAAAACGACAGAAAAAAACUCAUCCAAACAAAACUGGAACGAUCAUUAGUUAUACAUUUGCUGGUGAAGCAAACUAAAAAUAUUAUUAUGAAAAUAACAGAAACACGUAGCAAGAAAACAAAUCAUGUAUAAGAGAAAAGAAUAAAUAAAAAAUCAGCAUGAAAGCAUCACUCUGGACUAAGGGAAAACAAUAGAAAUUACGGAAGCAUAACACUUUACUGAUAGCAAACCAAAAAGUAAAAUAUAUAUUUAACUUAAUGUGUAUGUAAUUUUAUGUGUGAUGUAAAAAAUCGGAACAAAUAAAUGCGUUUUAGCCACUAAAGUCAUAAAACUA